AUGCAGUGUCAAAGCCAAAUCACUUGUACCAGAGGUUGUUUGAAGACAACAAUGCAAAAGGCGUUAUUCUUGAUUACGGUUGUUUUCAUCAUAUCAGUUGCAAACGCAGGGACCUCGUAUAAGCAUCACAGGAGCAAAAGAAAUGAUAUGAAUCAGUGUCUGGACAAUCCAUGUCAGAACGGAGGCACUUUCACACAGAAGGACGGGUGCUUCACGUGUUCGUGUACAGAUGGAUAUGCAGGGGCACACUGUAAUGAAGUCGUUUCCAACCUUGCAUUAAAUAAACCUACAAAACAGUCAUCAACGUUUACAUCGGGAGUGACCUACUCUGCCAAUUUGGCAGUUGAUGGUAACAACGGUACAGACUUUGUCGUAGACAAGUGUUCACACACAGCAAAGGGUGACUACAAUCCCUGGUGGAGGGUGGAUCUGCAGGCUGUUUAUUUCAUCAAAUCUGUCAGAAUAUUUAAUAGAGGGAUGGACACACAUGGAAUAGACACAUCAGACCGGCUUCGGAAUGUAACCGUCACUGUAGGACUGACAGAAUCCGAUGUCAACACUCCUUGUGGUGUCUUUGCUGGUCCUGGUACUCUGUCACAGCUGGUGGUCGACAUCGACUGUUCGUCUGUACCAAGGGGAAGGUUUGUCAAGAUCGCCAAGACAACACUAGCUCUCACACUCUGUGAAGUCGAAGUGUUUGGAUACUCUGCCUAGUUAAUAUCAUUGCUGAUAUCUUUGCUAAAUUACUCUCUUUCCGGCUAAUUAACUACAUAUAUGUAAAGAUGACGUCUUCAAAAGCUUAAUUUUCAACUUAACACCGGACAAAAGUCUCCAUAUUAUGAUGGCUGUAUUAAUAAUACUGCAUGCAGUUAAUGUAAAAAUGUAAAGCGCUUUCAUAUGCCGUUAUAUCUGUUUCAUCAUUCAAAUAUUAACUUUGAAUUCUGUUUAUUUUUCUUUUGGGGUCAAUAAAAAUA